AUGGAAAAUAACAAAUGCAAGACUUUGAUGGCCCAACAUUUCAACAUCAUUGAGAGACAGAUCUGCGCCGGGUUUGAUUCCGGACUCUAUGAUGCCUGCCAGGGGGACAGUGGUGGACCGAUGGUGGUGCGCAAGAACGGGAGGUACAUCGUGGCUGGGAUAGUGUCAGUAGGCGUUGGAUGCGCCCGACCUAAACUUCCUGGCGUUUACACUAACGUAGCACAAUACCUUGACUGGAUCGUAGAAAACGCCAAGGUGUAA